CGACAGUGCAUUGAACUAUGCCAGUCAAAUAAAUUUGUUUCAAAUAACUCUGGUUGAAAGUGUCGUCUGGUUUAGCGGGAGGUGAUCGCAGCAGUAUCGUGCCUCUUGGAGAUUUCUCUCCAGAUUUAUGGCACAGGAAAGAUCGGCGAUAACCUUGAGAGCACGGUGGACGGUCGCAGUUUUCAACGUUCGCUCUAGCGCACCCAGCCCAGCGUUUUGCUGUGAGCACAGAGGAAGGCCAACAUCGGCAUAGCGAAUCCAGUUUUCCUUCAUUGGAAUGCUCUGUGCGUUGUCUCACUUGAUAUCUAGACGUUCAGAAACAGAGCGACCAGCUUCGCGGGGAUGCUUGCUGACGCCGUGUGGAGCUGCGAGAGUGCGUGCAUCAGCGAUCCCUAGCGUAGUCGUGGGUUGUGUUCGAGCUUGGACUCAGCUGGGAGCUAGCGCUGACUGCGCGUAGUUGACCCUGUGAUCCACCCCUGGCGUGUGCCGCUGCGGGUCGCGCAGUUCGGACUGUCAGCACUGAGUGAUACGCCCACGCCAACACCAACCCCGCACUGUAGAGUUCAGGCGGACGGUGCGAGGAAAAGCCCAGCGCCUGAAACACACAUUGACCACCAAGACGAAGACGCAAAGUGAAUAAAUCGGCCACCAGGCUUCACUGCAUCGGAAACUACAACUAAUAGUGAUUAGAGCGUCAGCUAGUGUUCUGUAGCCCGCCGACGUCACAAUGGGUGAACCAGAGCAAGCCGAACCCGAGCUGCCGUACAAGGCGUGUGUUGCCGUGGGAUGCCAGUAUGCCGGCAAAGGACAGUACAAGAAUGCCAUGCGCAUGUUUGACACGGCGUCAGAAAUGGCAGACUUUGACAAUGAAGGUCGAGUGGCGCGUUCCAGCUGCUACCUAAAGAUGGGACAGCCGAAAGACGCACUGGCAGAAGCACAGGAGGCGCUCGCUAAAGACUCCAAGUGCAUCAAGGCGUUGCUCAUGAAAGCCGAGGCACACUACGCCAUGGGAGAGUUCGAGUGGGCUAUGGUUGACUUCCACCGAGGCUUGCAGCGUAGGCCGGAGAUCGUGGACUUCCGGCGGGGUGUAGAUAAGUGCACAGAGGCCGUGGACAAUGCAGUCGGAAACGUGCGGGAAGUGGAGAUCAAGGAGACAUCGAAUAUAUCAUUCCUGAAGGAGGACUCGGUUGCUCAGAUGAAGAAGAAAGUGGCUAAGAAAGCGGCGCCGACGCAGACGUUUGUAGGCGCCAUGGCACAGAAGAUGCAGAUGAUGGAUCGCAAGAAGAAGCCCGAGAAAAAGGUCAAGGAGUCGGCCAAGACGGUCAAGCAGCUGUUGGGAGAGCUCUACCACGACAAGGCAUAUCUAGAGCAGCUGCUGGGUGAUGGGUCCCCGUUUGAGAAAAGCGACUUCAAGGAGGAGCUCACGGACAUGGCCAAGGACGGCAUCGGAUUCCUGGAGAAGCAGACGGAGUUCUGGCGAAAACAGCAGCCCAUCUACUCUCGGAAGAACGACUAUCUCAAACGGCAAAAGAAGAAAACGCCGGAGCUAACGACAACGCAGCUGACAAAGAAGUACCUGGAGAUACUUGUGGACAUUGAUUCAGACAUUCUCGACGGCAAGGCAGAGCAGGCGGUGCGCAAGUGUGAGCGCUGGCUGAAGCGUGUCCACCUGCACUCCACGUACGAGCUGCCGGACAAGCUGGAGGUGCUGGCUAAUCUCAACAAUACUUACGGCAACGCCUUGCUAGAUGUGGGCCGAUACGCCGAGGCACUCGAGGCGCACAAGAACGACCUGGAGUUCAGCACGAAGAGUAAGAGCAAGGAAGCGGUGUCUCGUGCACAUGACAAUAUUGGCCGGGCGUACGCCAAGCUGGGCCGCCACAAGGAAGCGGUUGCAAUCUGGCAGAAAAAGGUCAACAUGAUCACGUCAUACACGGAGAAGGCAUGGGUUAUGCAUGAGAUGGGACGCUCAUACAUAGAGCUGGGCCACUACGACGAGGCAGCGGAGUAUGCCCGUAUGGCGCAGCUGGCCGCGGAGGAAGGUGGAGAUGACGUCUGGGUACUCAAUGCCAGGGUCAUGGAAGCGCAGUGUCACUCCAAACUGGACGAUCCACUGGAGAGCCACCGGCUGUACUUGCUGGCACUGGCGAUGGCGCUGAACUUGAAGGACGACACGACGGUGGAUGCGGUCACGGCCGCGAUUGACGACCUGGAGGAUCGCCUCAAGCUCCUCGGCCUGCAGGCGCCGUUCGACGGCAAGACGUACGACAACUUGCCCUCGGUGGACGACUUGAACGUGCUGCCCGACAUGCCAGCGGACGAGGGCACACCGGCCGAGCCACUGCGCCCGAUCGGCAAGGACGCGGACGAAAGCGAGCCGCCGAAGCCGGGACAGAAGUCGGCUGCCGAUCCGGGCGCGGCGCCCGAAACCGGCGACCCAGCAGCGGCGAAGUCGCAAUCACGGAACGCCGCUGACGACGCAGGCGAUGCUACCGGGUCGCCGGCGACGACGACUGGCGCUACCGUCACGUCGCCGCGGCAGGGCUCUGCGAAGGCAACUGAGAAAUAGACGAGCGGUGUGAAAUGACACGUUUAAUAAGACUAGCAAUGAUUAUAGCUGAGCAAGAAUGCGUAGACCGAAGUGCUUCAAGCGCUAGCGAGAAGGUGAGCCACCAGUCCCGGCUUCGUCAUGACGCAGUGGUGCAUUUCAAACACGGCUGGGAAGAUCAGUGUCAGUGUUUUGUCCAAUCUCAGAAUGAAUCCCGCUUCUCUGUCUGUCUCAUGAGGUCCCUUUUCUCCUUUCGCGCACUACUCAGUCUUACGUACAACUGUGUGGUGGCUGUAUAUAUGGAAGUGCAUGUAUCUUGCGGAGAAAAAACCCGAACACAAUUGGAUGCGAGUAAGGGUGUCUUAGAGCAAGCGUAUUUUGAAGUCAGAGUGAAGCAACAAAGCGGGGGCAACCCCCGCGACAAUGUCAUGUGUUGUGUGUUCAGGCACACAUUACCCUGUGCAACGGUUCACGAAUUUUCCUGUUCAUUCGUAUGCUGCUACGGCCACUGUUGUUUCUAUGGUGACCGGUUGAAAGUACUGUUUUGACAGUUUCCAUGUUACUUUUUGCCCUACUUACCAUGGGCAGGACAUGAUUGUACAAGACUGUACUGUAUUAUGUGUCUGCAGCUACAAUGAUCCCA